AUGUCGGAUAAUAGCCCGCCAGAAAGAGAUGUUAGGGAUUUUGAAUUUAUUCAGCUGUGUAAGUUCAGAGUAUCCCCUCCUGGCAGAGAUAUUUCAGCAAAUCGGGGAAAGCUGCUGGCAUGUUCUUCCCAGUACGGACUUCUAGUUUAUGCCACGGAACAAGGUUUUUCAGUUGUCAGAACAGCAGACCUCCUGGCAAUUGAUGCAACCAAGGGCAAAGAGAGAAGCAAAGUGGUUGUUGAAGAUAUCCCGAUCCUUGUGAGCAUCAACAUCGGCACUUCCGUCCACUUCAUGGAUGUGAGCUGCGAUGGCCUCUAUCUUGCAGUAGCUGUUCAGGAUUCUGGCCGCAUAAUUAUCCUCUUCUUUGAUGUCCGAUCGUUUGCUGAGAAGGGGACAAACCCAGCCCCGUUUGCCUGUAGCCAGGUGAAUUCCUCACCUUCAGCAGAAGUCUGUGACCUGUCCUGGAACCCUGCGGUGUCGAACAUGCUGGCUGUUUGUACGUCUGAUGGCAACGUGGAGCUGAUUGAUGUCACAGACACCCCAAAGGUCAUUGCUGUCCUGGUUGCUGCUGUGGGCGCUACGAGUUUUUGUUGGAGCCCCAAAGGGAAACAGUUGCUGGUAGGAAGGAAGGAUGGGACCCUAGUCCAGUAUGACCAUGCACUUUUGGAGAAGAAAGUCUGGCCAUGUCCUGCUAUUUUAAACAGCCCACAUAGAGUUGUGGAUGUAGUAUGGCAGUCCACCUACGUGUUUAUGGCCGCCUAUGUGCCCGUACAAGCUCAGCCUUCAGACCAGCCGGUUGUCAUCAUGACCAGUGCCAGAAAAGACAAGAUUACCUACAUCAACUUUGAGGAUGUGUGUUUUGGUAACGGCGAGGAGAGAAAAGCACAGUAUUUCUUUCAUUUCAUUCAAAAAUGGGAUGUCAUCUUGGUGGCUUCAAGCAAUGCAACAGAAACAACAAUUGUAGGCAGAAAUCUGGAUGACAAGGUCAGCUGGGAGCAUUGGAACCUGGAGGAUUGCUCUAGAGCUGAUCUCCCUCUCACAUCACAGCAGUCGGACUCAUUCCCCAUGGGCCUCGCUGUUGACUAUUCCCCAGACAAGAAUGUGCUUAUAAGUGAGAGUAAGACCCUGCCACCGUGCCCAGUCAUGUACCUGCUGUCCACCGAUGGAAUGCUGGUGGCGUACCACUUGUUUUACUUCCACAAGGAGGCUGCUCCAGCCACAACGCCAGCUCUGCCACUGGUGGCUGAUGGGGCCAGGAGGGGACGUAAGUUUCUCAUCUCAUCAAGUGCCAAGGCCGGAUUACUACCCACUCCACAACCAACAGCAACUACAGCCCCAGCAGCUUCCCCCAUGACACCUCCAUCAUUUCCACCACCAGCAGCAACCAUCAUGGCUCCAGCAUCAUCGCUAUCAAAUACGCCUGCAGCAGCAGCAACAGUCAAGAUUUCUGCACCGCCUGCAGUAUCAACACCAGCAGCUUCCUUCCAGUUCCCAGCUGCAUCAUCAGCAUCAACACCCCGGUUUCCUUUUGCUGGUUUUACCACACCAUCUUCUACCACCACCACACCUGUAUUUCCAUUUGGCGGAGGUGGGUCAGCUCAAAGUGCAGCUACUAGUGGAGCAUCUAGCCAGAGGCAGAUGGCUGAUAGUGUCACAGCAGUAUCAUCGCAGACUGGGAGUUUGCCAUUUCCCUUUGGGGGUCAGUCUGGAGGGACUGCAGGGUUCUCAUUUUCAACAGUAACAAGUGAGGCUUAUUUGUGCUGUUCCUGUACAUCAGCACCCCAUGCUGACAGCACCAAGUCCAUCGAUGCAACUGUUGAUAGUGUCUUCACACAGAACAUCAUGGAAGAGAUUAUGGACUUUGAGAAAGAGCUUGCUGAGCUCAGAGCGCGUGUGAGAAGGGAGGUAAAAACUGUCGGAACAAGGGAGGAAAUGCAGACUUUGAGACAAGACAAGGAGAAGAUGGUGAAUUUCACUCAAGAGAUUCAGAAAGUGACCAAGGAUCAGUUGCGAGAGGUGCAAGAACAGAAGGAUGUGUGCUUCAACCUACUGGCUAUGUCCGAGGAAUGCCAGAGCAGGUUCAAGAGGGAUUUGGAUCCACACUAUCACUCAUUACUGCUGGGUCGUGUGUUGGACCCGGCAAGUGCUGAGAGACUCAAGGCCUUACAGCAGAUGUCCCAGGCUAUUGAACAAAGUGUUCUGGAGGUUGACCACACCUUAGAUGGCCAGUGGCAGGAACAUCUGGCCAGGAAGAAAAAAGAAAAGAGGUUCUACACCCCGGCCGGUGAAACCAUCUACAAGUCCAUCAGAAACAACCACAUUGUGAUAUCCAGUCAGCGGCACCAGUUGGACACGCUGGAGGAGCAGCUGAGAAAUCUAAAGUUGUACCACAAGUUGUCAGGCAGGGACUUUGACUCGACCACCAUACUGAACAGAGAGGUCAUCACACCAUUGAAGCCCGAACUGAAACCAAAUGUGACCUUGAAUGCAUCACUUGCUAAUGGUAUGACCCCAGAGAAAGUGGCCAAGCUGCGAGAAAUCUUGUCCCAACGGAAGGUCCCCAGGGUCAAGUCUACAGCACCAGCCAACCUAUCAAUGUCCAGGAUUGUUCGUGUGACACCAGGCAGGAGUCCUGCAGUCGCCACCAACACUCCACCGCAGCAGCAGCAGCAACAGCAGACACCACAACGUGUAACACAGCAAAGCAUCCACCAACUGCCAAACAAGAUACACCAAGGCGGUACCCCAGCAAAGACCCCACCAUCCAUCGACGGACUCCAGCGGCAUAUCACUAGUGCUCCCACUUCUUUGUCUGGGGUGGCCUAUUUCAAGCAGCCUCAUGCAGAGACUGGGCCAUUCAACAAACAGGGUUUUGGUGCCGGGAUUAUGCCCUCGCCUUUAGCUGCUGCCUCUAGAGCUGGUAUAGGACUGAUGCCGGCUGCCUCAGGAGCUGCUCCUAACAUGGGUCAAGGACUGGGCCCACAUCAGCUAACAGCUCCAACACUUCCAGCUCCAGUGACCUCCGGCUCCUUGCCUCAGCCUUACACCCAUAGGCCUGAGUUAUACGAGAAUUUAACUCCAACAGAAACCGAGGAGGAGGAUGAUGACUAUGAGGAAGAAGAUAAUGGCUAUGAGGAUGAAGAGGAAGAGGAGGAUGAAGAAGAGGCAGGGUUUGAAGGAAUUCCUCCAGCAGACAUCAUGCCAUUGUUUCUGUCAAAAGAGAUCAGAUUAAAGUUUGUUGUCUCUUCCCCAGCGAGCGUUCGUAAAGACACCACAGGGCAGUCUCCUGUUGCAACCAACCUGGCAACAACUUCACCAUCUGCGGCGUCUGUAUCCAGCGCUGCCAGCGCCUUCAGCUUUGUCCAGGCGGCUGCAGGAACAGACGCUCCUGUUUUCGGAGGUAAUGAUGAUUUUAAGGCAUUUGGCGGUGGGAGUGUGUUCGGAUCCACAAAUACUGCAGCAAAUUCAUCAACUACUGGCUUGUUUGGGACGGGGUCAUCAACUUCAGUCGGAUUCGGUUCCAGCAAUUACUUCUCUGACCCCUACAGCACAUCAUCAUCAUCAGGAGAAGGAGGAGGAGGUCUAUUUGGCUUUGGUGGUCUCGGAGGCAAACCAUCGGAAGAAAAGGCUAAGUUGAAUGUGUUUGGAUCUCCUCAAGUAUUUGGCAGCGCAGCAAACCAGACCACAAAUUUGUUUGGCAGUGGAGGGAGCAACACAUUUGGUGGUGGUGGUGGGGCAUCUACACAUUCCUCUCCAUCACCAUCAUCAUCAUCUGCUGCCUUUGGCACCAGUGGAUUUUCUUCUGGUGCCGGUGGUGUGGCUUCCUCCGGUUUUGGGGUGACUGCCAGCCAACAGACCUCUGGAGGUUUUGGGUCUGCCCCAGCAUUUGGUUCUGCUCCCUCAUUUGGUGGAUCAAGCGUCUUUGGUAGCAAACUGGGUGGUUUUGGAUCCAGCCCCUCAUUUGGGGCUAGCCCUUCAUUUGGUGCCUCCCCUUCAUUCUCCAGCCCACCAGGAGCACCAACAACAGGAGGUGGAUUCAGCAGUUUUGCCAAUGCUCCAGCUCCAACGUUUGGACAGCUGGCUCAGUCUUCACCAACUGCCUCCGCUUUUGGCAGUGGAAGCGGCUUUGCUUCUUCCUCUCAGGCACCGUCGUCUCCAUUUGGAGGAGGUUUUGGUUCCUCUCAGCCAUCGUUUGGUAGUGCUAGUGGAGGGUCAGUGUUUGGGCAAGCAGCUUCCAGUCCUGGAUUCGGUGGGCAGACCCAAGGUUUUGGGGCUGCACCAACAUUCGGAAGCAGUAACCCAGCCUUCAGUUCCUACAGAGGGUGA